AUGGUCUCCGUCGCGGGCCUGCAGCUCAUUCCCCAGGGCACAGCCUACGGUCUGCUCAUCGGGCUGGGCGUCCUGUUUUGCGUCGUGAUCCUGGCGGCCGUUCGCAUCCAGAAGGCGUACCUGUCCGAGGACUCGGGGACCUCCGAGAUGUUCUUGGUGGCGAACCGCAGCGUGGGGACGGGACUCACAGCGUCGGCGGUAUUCUCGAGCUGGAUGUGGAUUAAUGAGACUGUCAUGUGUGCCGCUAUGUGUUACCGCUACGGGCUCGCUGUCCCGCUGUGGUGGGGCUCCGGUCUCUGCUUCCAAAUCGCUUUGAUGGCUGCUUUGGGCGUGAUGGCGAAGAUUCGAGUACCAUAUGCCCAUACUUCCCUCGAGAUUAUCAAGCAGCGGUACGGCAAGAUAGGGCACAGUGUCUUCAUUGUGAUGAACCUGAUCAACAAUGUGUUCGGUUGCGCCAGUAUGAUCUUGACUGGCUCGCAGCUUGUGUAUGGAGUCUCGGGCAUGCAUUUUGUCGCAGCUUGCAUCAUCAUACCCUUCGGAGUUGUGCUGUAUACUGCCGUGGGUGGUCUGAAAGCCACAUUUCUGACUGACUUCCUGCACACUCUCGUCGCUCUCAUCCUCAUCAUUUAUUUCACGCUGUCGAUUCUUCACCAUGACGCCAUUGGUGGUCUGUAUGGCCUGUGGGACAAGGUUAUGGCCGCCGCUUCCGAGAACAUAAUCCCCGGCAACUACAAGGGGUCGCUGCUCACGAUGAAGUCUCGAGACGCGAUCAUCUGGGGCCUGGACCUGAAGUUUGGAAACCUGGCUUUAGUAGUCAUGGACACAGCAUUCUGGCAGAAGUCGUUUGCAACAGAGGUCAAUGCCACAGUUCCAGGAUACAACCUCGCCGCGCUGGCCAUCUUUGGAAUUCCAUGGGGUCUUGGAACGGUUAUUGGCCUGGCAGCCCGGGCCAUUCACAACACACCCGUCUUUCCAACAUUCCCCGGCGAGUUCACUGCUGCGGAAGUGAGCGCCGGCUUCGUGAUGCCAUACACCAUCAAAGCCCUGAUUGGGAACCAAGGAGUCAUUGCCUUCUUGGUCCUUGUCUUCAUGGCCCUGACAAGCACGGUGUCGUCGUCCAUGAUCGCCGUCAGCAGUAUCCUCUCCUUCGACGUCUACAAAACAUACCUCAAUCCCCGCGCGACCGACAAGAAACUCGUCAAGGUGAGCCACCUCACCGUGAUAAUGCACGGAGUGUUCAUGUCAGGCAUCGCCAUCGCCCUGAACUACGGCGGGGCGAACAUGACCUGGCUCGGCUACCUCAGGCCGGUCGUGAGCUGCCCGGGGAUCAUUCCCUUAGCUCUAACCCUGGGAUGGUCGCGGCAGACGAGGCUCGCGGCCGUCGUCUCCCCCGUCCUGGGCUUCUUCACGGGGCUUGGCAUCUGGCUUGGCACGGCGUACCACCUGUACGGGACGGUGACCAUCGAGUCGACGCAAACCCCGCUGCCGGCGCUGUAUGGAGCAAUCGGGUCGUUCUUCUCCCCGGCGCUGUACUCGGUUCUGAUGUCGCUGUACAAGCCGUCCAAGUUUGACUGGCGCGAAUUCCUGCGGAUCGAGCUUGCCGACGAGGCAAUUCUGUAUAGAGAGGAUGUGAAACUGGGGUCGCCAUCGUCAGGCAGUGACGACGAAAACAAAGUGAGCGGUACUGUUUUGAAGGCCGGUGGGACUGACCAUGCUUCUGCCCUGACAAAGUCGGCCCCGGCGGACGAUCCAGCGUUGGCUGCAGAGCGAAAAGUCGCCAGGGGGUCCCCAGAAAUUCCCAACGCACCCUCGCUCAUUAGCCUCGACGACGUCCAACACCCCUUUGAUGAAGCGACUCUCCAGAAACUACGGCUGUGGGAGCGCAUCGCGUGGGUCUUCUUCGUCGUCAUCGUGCUGGUCACAUUUGUGCUGUGGCCGAUGCCACUUUAUCGAGACUACAUCUUCAAAAUCAUUUUUCAGUGGAUGGACGACAGUCGCUAUUCACGAAAGUGA